AUGUUAAAAAAUUACUCUGCAAUUUUAAAUUUUUUGAACAAUGAAGUGGACAUUCAAGCAGAUAAAGAUGUUGUUGAAGCUGUGGGUAUUCAAAAUCAGAUUCAAAAGUGUCAAUUCUUAAUUGUUAUUAUUAUAUUAAAAGAAGCUUUGGGCAUUAUAAAUAUUUUAAGUAUUUCUUUACAAUCUAAAACAGCAACUUUAGGUAAAGCAAGAAAAGUUGUUAAUGGGGACAUGGGAUCAUCCAAUCUUUUAUAUGCUUAA